AUGGUCCAACCAACUCCAACAUCAACUCCAAUUUCAAUGUCAACAAAAUUUCAAUCUCUCUUUCUCUCUCAAACACCCAAAAUUUGAAGAAAAGAAGAACAAUAAUCUUCAUUUUGUUCCAGUCAAUCAAAUUAAUAAAAGAUGACUGCAAAUAAUGAAUCAGAAGCUCCAACUUCUUCAUCUUCCACCAUUUCAACUACAAUUACUGAUACUUCUUCACCCCUGAUUUUAUCAAAUACAGAAAUCAUACGCUCUUUUCUCAACUCGUCAUCAUCAUCAUCAUCAAAUCUCCCUGAAAAUCUCCAGCAAUCUGCACUUUCUCUCUCCUCCCAACCUUCGAUUCCUUACCAAUCACUGCGAUCCAUUUGGGUUUCGUCUGACCCCACAACCAGACCUUCUUUCUCUCUUCUCCUUCGUGGGUCUUCUUUUCUCUUCACCAGCCCUAAACCUCGAGAAAAGAGCGAAGAGCUGAAAGCAAGAUUGAGGAAGUUAGAGGUAUUAGCUGAGAGAAAAGCAUAUGCCGAGCUAGUGAAAGAUAUUACUCCAAAGAAAAGCCCAGAAGAGCCUUUCUCAUCUUACAAGGACCAACUUGGAUUUGGUUUACAUGUUGUGGUCAUAAUGUUUACUGGUUACCUCGUUGGAUUCAUCGCUUUCAGGGCAUUGUUCAACCGCAACCUUGUCAUGAGUACUGCUGGAGGCAUCCUUGGGUUGGUUUUUGGUAUGCUUCUGGAAACACUUCUCUUCAUCAUUAGAACAACAGAUCACAGUGAUAGAUCAUCGACUCGUCGUGGGUCUUCUAACUUGAGGAUAAAGAAAAAUCAAUGAUAUUUUUGCAGCCUGGGUGCCUGUCUCUCUUUCUCUCUACAAAAUCUGUAUGGUUGUGAAGUGAAGAAUAUGAGAAAUAAGUUCUUUGUUUCUUGUAUAAAAUAUUUUCUUUCUCCCGAAAUAAGUUUCAAUCUAUGACACCAAUAAACAAGAGUAAGCUACUUGUAGGUUGUACUGUUGUAGCUAGAGUGUUAGAAGCUUCAAUAGAUACUACAAUUAUACUUGAGAAGCUAGAAAGUUAACAACUUUACUUACUUGAGAGACUUUUUUUUCCGGAAAAAAUAUCCGCACAUGUUGUGAAGAUUGCUUGGAGGAAUGGCAAAGAUGGUUUAGGUUUCUUGAA